AUAACAAUAACAAUAGUAAUAAUAUUCUUCAUUUUCUAUCACCCACAUUGCCAUCACAAACCCAAAUGGCUACCCUCUUGGCCAUCCUAUUCCUUACGGUCUCCGCCGCCGCCGCCGCGUCAUUUGUCCCGCAGGAUAACUUCCUUCUCGACUGCGGCGCCACGGCCACUGCGACCUCGCCGGAUGGCCGAGUGUUCAAAACCGAGCAGCAGACGUCCCAGUUCCUCCAGGCCCAAGACGACUACAAGAUCUCCGCUGAUGCUGCCGCCACCGACGUCCCGUCCCCGGUGUACUUAACGGCGAGGAUAUUCGUCCAGGAAGCGACGUACUCGCUCCACCUGACCCGACCCGGAUUCCACUUCGUCCGUCUCCACUUUUUCCCCAUUAACAACACCGUUUUCGAUCUUCAGAAGGCGACGUUCACCGUCACGACCGAGAAGUACGUCCUUCUUCACAGCUUCAACGUCAACAACACCAACAAGGCCAUCCUCAAGGAGUUCCUGAUCAACGCUGUCGACCCGCAUUUUUCGAUCAAGUUCUCACCGCAGAAGAACUCCGCCGCCUUCAUCAACGCCAUCGAGGUCGUCUCAGCUCCCGACGAGCUCGUCACGGACAGCGCAGCAAACCUCCUCCCAGUCGGAAACUACGCCGGGUUGUUCGCCUUCGCGUACCAGACAGUUUACCGGCUUAACAUGGGAGGACCGCUCAUAACAUCAGCCAAUGACACCCUAGGAAGGACUUGGACCAACGACGAGCCCUAUCUCAAGGCCAAGAACUUGGCGCAGACGGUUUCCGUGUCGCCGAGCGUCAUAAAAUACCCGUCGGGAGGGACUAAUUCCCUGCUUAUCGCGCCGCAUAUGGUUUAUGCGACGUUGGUGGAAAUGGCGGAGGCAAAUGUGAACCAGCCAAAGUUCAACGUGACAUGGAAUUUUGAAGUUGACAUGGCUUUUGGAUAUCUUUUGCGUUUGCACUUUUGCGACAUUGUGAGCAAAGCGUUGAACAAUCUUAACUUCAACGUUUACAUCAAUGGACAAAUGGCGAUUUCGGACCUGGACUUGUCCCACACAAUGGGAGCAUUGGCGGUCCCUUAUUACAAGGACAUUGUGGUAAAUUCCUCUUUGGUGUCUAAUGGACUAAUUACGGUCCAGAUAGGACCGUCGAACUUGGGGUCGGGGGAUUUGAACGCGAUUCUAAAUGGGUUGGAGGUGUUGAAGAUGAGUAAUACGGUGGACAGUUUGGAUGGGGAGUUUGGGGUGGACGGGAGGAGGGAGAGCUCAGGGUCGAAAAGGGGGACAGUGGCGGCGGUCGGCUUCGCGAUGAUGUUCGGGGCGUUUGUGGGGCUGGGGGCGAUGGUGAUAAAGUGGCACAAGCGGCCGCAGGACUGGCAGAAGAGGAACAGUUUCUCGUCAUGGCUGCUACCUGUUCACGCAAGUGAUACUAGCUUUAUGUCAAGCAAGGCCUCUGGCUCACACAAGUCUAACUUCUACUCUUCCACACUCGGCCUUGGCAG